GACGACUCUGCCUCCAGGGCCAGAGGCCGCCUUGAUCACUCACGCUAACAACUGCCACUUGCUCUCGCAUUCCAUCCAGUCUCCGCAUUUUCCUACAUGUUAGAUUUAUCCCACGCAGUGCGUCGAGUCAAAUCUGCGACAACAGGCAGGAUCAAGGUGGAGCUUGAUCGCCCAAGGGUAGACGAUACCGUUGACCACGGGCAAUAUCAGUCGCGAUGCUCAGGACGUCAAGGGCGAUACAACCUCGAUCCCCCUUGGAUUAGAUCAAAAGCACCCUAACGUCGUGCUUUCACCGCCCAAUCAAAAGGCGGGAUUGACUUCAACAGUAAAAGCCGAGGAUGCGAAGCCAUCCGACAUCAAGCAAGAGCUUGUCAAGUCGGAGGCUUUCCCCAUUCGGCGCCUUCGUGAAUACCACCCUGACGGCCGCCUAGACAUUCCGCGCCCCAGAGAUGAAGAGAAAGUUGAGGACGCAGCGGAAGUGCCAGGCUUCGGUCGCGACCAGGCGGAUAGACCCCAGCAGCGUCAGUCGCUCCCAUCUCAUGCCCCAUGUCUGCUAUCACCUCGGCGUCAGCUCGUAUCGCAGCAUCGCUCUCGGGACGGUCCGGUUCUUCCAAUGGUGGAGGUUGUGUUGCCGCGAUGGGAGGACGUCCGUAGAAGGAAGAAGAUUCAGGCUGAACGGGCCCGCGACACUCUCGCAGGGCGGUCGCGUCUCCCAGAGCUCUCAGACUCAGCCUCCGCACCUCGCCAUGAUUCAGGACUCAUCGAGAUCGAACCGGAGGAGGACGUGAAACCCCUGGUAGCACUGGAAGAUUACGACCCUGACGAGGUCGUCGAGAUCUUGCACAAUGCCGUCCAAAAGCUACGACACCCAGAUGCCAAGGUGAAGAAGGAGCUACUCUUCAACGACGAGUUCCUGCUCGACGCACUCACUUGGGAGGGAAGCAACCACAAAUACCCGAUCCCCUUACCCAAAGAGAUUGCAGAGUGCCGGUUGCGCCGUGAAUAUAUCUCACAUCUUUAUGGAGGAAACCCGCUAGCCACUACCCCUGAGCAUGGCAAAGACAUGUUGGCGUGGCACGGCCUGAACGAUUGGCUUUUCCUGACCCUGGAUUUCAAUCCCCACGCACCUACCAAACCCGGGCACUCAGGCUUGUUCUUUACGAGCUACGGGGCCCCUUCGUGGCCAGGUAUCCAACGAACGUUCGUACGGGUCGUCUCCGGCAGGUGGGUCUACAUGGGCCAGUAUACAAUGGAGCCGGGUGUCUCCCUCUCGGCCGAGGCAUGGAAGCAGCAAAAGACGUCGGUGCGAAAGACGUGGGUGAAGAGUAUCCUAAGCAAGAGGUGGGGCGAAGACAAUUGCAUUGCUAUCUGGAUCCGCAAGCGGAGAGGCUCAGACUGCACGAUAACUGCCGAGGAUAAGGAAGAAGCGAGGCCGAUGCUCAAACACAUCAGAGCAAACCUCACCGAGGAAGAUAUCAGCGGCGCUUUUGAUCGCGGAGAGGAGGAAAUAGGCACCUAUCGGAUGCGUUGCGUAGGGUACGACGCCGAGUUCAUCGACACUCUUGUUCGCAAUAAGCACUUCUGGACGGAGAUUCAAGACCAAAUCAAGGCAGGGAAGCUCAAAGGCCGCGCCCACGGGUCUGGCUCGAAACGGAAAACGACAGAGGUCGACUCUGAAUCAGAGGAGGAUGUAGAGGCUCAGUUGAAAGAUGAGAGCGAA